UAUAAAAGCGGAGCUGCCCGGAGCCGAGGAGGAGUCAGGAUUCAUUGAGCCGCUCUGCACCGCAGCCAGACCCGCUUUACAGACAUGGGAGCCCCGAGAGUCUUCUUUGACAUCACUGUCGACGGCUCCAGCAUCGGCAGGAUCGUCAUGGAGCUCCGAGCUGACGUGGUCCCAAAGACUGCAGAAAAUUUCCGAGCUCUGUGCACCGGGGAGAAAGGUUUUGGCUUCAAAGGUUCCACGUUCCACCGGAUCAUCCCUGGUUUUAUGUGCCAGGGCGGAGACUUCACCAACCACGAUGGGACCGGAGGGAAAUCCAUCUACGGAGAGAAGUUUCCUGAUGAGAACUUCCACCUGAAGCACACGGGCCUGGGGACGCUGUCCAUGGCCAACGCCGGACCCAACACCAACGGGUCCCAGUUCUUCAUCUGCACGGCCUCGACGGACUGGCUGGACGGGAAGCACGUGGUGUUUGGCAGCGUGAUUGAGGGCAUCGACGUCGUCAAGGCGAUGGAGAGGCAAGGCACGAGAAACGGAAAUCCCAAAUCCAAAGUCGUCAUCGCCGACUGCGGUCAGCUGAAAUAGAUACGUCCUCUGAGGUCCCUGGACUUUUUGGCAUUUCGAGGUUUGGAUUCUAAGAUAAAAGAUAAAUGAAUAAGAGUUCAUUUGAUUUUCAUUUUAAAAAGUACAAACUAAAUUAACUUUAUUGCUUUCGUUUUAUUAGACGACACAAUAAAAGACAGGGGCCUUCCAGAUUUUUCCUUUCUGGUUUUAAAAAACAAACUUGAACACCCAGCGAACUCACUUCCUCCUCUUGUUUACCUGCUGUGUUGAUAUUUGUUCUGUAAUAUUUUGUACCUUCUAAUCCACAUUUGUUAACUAAACCGGAACCAAAUGAUGACGGUGUAAAUAAAACUACCUGAAAGCCCA